AUGAGCGAACAACACGACGUGGAAACACAACAACAAGAAUCAUCGUCCAACCAUCAACACGUGGCGGUUGUGGAAUCAUCUUCUGAACAACCUCUACAAAGUGUUCAAGAAAAUUCAGCUCCAUCAUCAACUGCAUCCGUUCCGAUGCUCCAUCAAGCCUCAACCAUUUCUAAUCCAAUUCAUUAUACGACGGAUCUUUUAGUUCAACAAUAUUCUCAUCUGUUAUUAAAUUCUAUUCAUGAGGGAGAUCAAUCACAAAUUAUAAAACAAAUUGAUACUAUUAUUGAAGCUCUAUUAAAGAGAUGUGAUGAAUUGGGAGAACAAUUAGAUUUUAUUCAUUCAACCUAUUAUUCAAUGAUUCAACAACAAGAGCCAUCUUUAGAAACAGCAGCAACAACAAUGGAAUCCAAUUCUAAUGAAACACAAAAGAUUGAUGCUGUUUCUGGCACAACCACAACGACACUACAUCAUUUAUUAAGCAUGAUGAUACACGUGAAAGAAAUGUACCAAAGAAUUGAUAAUUUAUUACAAUAUGUGACACAUGUGAAAGAGAAGGUAAAUUCCCUUGACACAAAAUUAAAUGAGUUUGAAAAGCAUAAAAAUUCAGUCAGUGGCAGUACUGCAAAAGUGUCCAGAGUAGUGAGCAGCUUAUUUGGUGGAAUAUUUUCAAAGGGAGGUAGCAGUGCUCGAGAUCACGAAUCGAGCAGCCAUGAAUCUCACCAGCAAACACCUCCAAUAUCUUUCAAUAAGGAGGACUAUUUAUUGUUGUGA